CAGCCGAGUCUCCAGGUUGAAUGACAGCMAGCUGUAACUGAAUCCUAAGUGCCAGUAGGAUCCUCUGUUCACAGACAAUCCUAAAGCAUAUGCAUAUGCUGUAGACGAAAGAAGUUUCAGAUCUUGUCAUCUGCUGCUUUAGAAACAGUGAAAACAGUGUGCUUAUAUUAGACUCURAUUUCUGUUUGUGCUGAAGCUAGUUCAAAGACUUCUGCCAGCUUUCCUUGGCCACCGGAACAAACUCCGAAAGAGAUGGAGGCAAUGCCUGUGGGAGAGGCUGAGCCGUGGUACUUGCAGCGAGUAUACGCCAGGUACUGGAGGCACUACGAUGCAGCCAUGCUCUGGAUGCACAAGCACCACACAGCCUACGGGAGAGCCAUGGAGGCCUCGCACCACUUCCCGUGGCCACCAGCGCCCCCGAGCAGCCGCUACUCCGACUGGGAAUGCGGUGACCCAGGCGGUGAUGGCGGCGCCCGGACACGCAGCCCCGGCGGCAGAGCCGCACGCGCCAGCAGGAUGCGGCGACGGGCCGCGGACGAUGCCGUGAGGGACCCUGCGGCGGAGGAGGAUGCCGAGUCCGAAGAGGAGGUGAUAGAGUGUGACUUGAGUAACAUGGAGAUCACGGAAGAACUCCGCGAAUUUUUCGCACAGACGGAGAGGCACCGGGAAGAGCUGCGGAAACAGCAGCAGUUGGAAGCCGAGUACCAGGAGGAGUAUGUGGAUGCUGACCAUGAUUUUCACAUGAAAACGGGGCGCUCUGUGCAGCCACCUACAGAAAGACCUGGCGAGAGGCAGAUGGCUGAAAUGAAGAAACUCUACGGCGACAGCGCUGCUAAAAUCCACGCGAUGGAGACUGCCAUGCAGCUUGACUUUGACAGGAACUGUGACAAAUAUCAGCCCAAAUACUGGCCCAUUAUUCCCCUCAAGCUGUGAGUGCUUCGGCUGUGCUCUGACCUGGCACAGAGCUGAAGCGAUGUGUCCCACAGCCAGUGYAUGCCACUGAAAGAACAAAUUGCAAGUUUUGCUUUUGGGUGGUGGGGUGGUUGGGUGUUUGAUUUUUUUUUCCUGAGGGAGGGAYAGCAAAGGGAAGGGAGGGGGGAUUGUUCUUUGCCUUGAAUUCUUUUCAUACCAGCAGUUGGUGAUGGACACAGUCUGUUGUACGUGCCUGUACUUGUCAGGGUGCAAAAGGAAGGACAGUGACAUUUCACCCAUCUAAAGCCAUAGUUUCAUUCGAUGCCAGCUUGCCUAGACUGUGCUUGCCAGAAAUGUGGCACUAUUCAUCUGCACCCAGUAAGAUUUAUGCUAUGAAAACCUAAAGUGAUGACAAAGGGAAAAAGAAAAAGACUAUAUGAAUUGUCUGCUCUUCCAAUUUAGGAAAGUGAGUAGUCCUGAUUUUUAUUAUUAUUUGAUAUUGUGGGUUUUGGAUUCCAUUUGACACAGCACAGCUUGAAAUGUUAUGUUUACUAAUCUUUGAUAUUUGGGAAACAGGAGACCAUUGGCCUAGGUACAACCUAUCAAAUUGCUCUAGCCCAGGCAUUUGAAUUCUCUUUCAGAGGUUUGUAGUAAGUCAGGAAAUUUUUCUUCCAGACUGAUAGUUAGCUGGCAGAAAUUCAACCCUGAAGCAAAAUUAUAUAGAAAAAUACUUUAGUGAAAGGGAACAAACAAACAAAUGAAAAAAACCCACAAAUGCCUGACAUGGUACUCACUGUUAGAGGUCUCUUUAGUAGAAGGUGCUUGAGAAGAAAAAGCGCUACCAGGGCCACAGCCAAUUUUUGACAUUGUAACAAGAAGCAUCUAAAUGGUCCAGUGCUUUGAGGAAAAAGAAGAACCAGGUCUGGGAGCCCAGGGCAGCCCCUUGCGCGGCACGUGCAGGCAGGAAGCUGCGUAGCAGUGAGAGCUGCCCUCGUGUCAGGUGUAGCCUCGCGGUGACAGCCCUUGUGCUGUACACGCACAGCCUGAAUCACAGGCGGCUGCCGCGUGGGCCCUGCUCGUGCGCAGGCUGCUCCRCGCUGCUCCUGCCGCCCUCAUGGCCUUUGGUGCUUCCCGGCCGGGCAGCCAGGGUGCGGAGCAAGGCAUGGCUGGUCUGCGCAAGGGAAGCACAGUCUGCCCCUUGGAAUUGGUSACUCCUUGGGAAACGGUACCCUCAUCACUCCUGCCAAAGCCUUUCUGCCAAGUCCUGCUGCUGCGUGUCGUUGUGUGCCAAAGAUGUUCGUGUCACGCGACAGGUCUGCAGCAAGGCAGGGGAAAAUGCACCGCUUUCAUUCUCAGAAGCAUUCUUGUAUCCUUUUGGGAACGGAAAGCYGCAGCCAAAAUUCUUACUGGAAUUCGUGCCCAUCGGGUCUCCUGUAGGAAGUGUGGUUGGUAACACACAGCUGUAGCAGCUGUGCCCCCGGCAGCAGCCAGUUGCACAACAGCAGGGCUGAAGUGAAGUUGGCAUCUGGUGUGUUGGUCAGUGCUACCGGGUUUUUACAAGCRCCGUUUUUUAGUUC